AUGGCUACGGGCGUCCUGACGCUGAAGCUGGCGUUCGACCAGCCGUUCCACAAUCCGCGAGUCCAGCUGCCGUUCUUCACCUCUUCAGUGGAAUCGCAGUCCGUCGAGUCCAUGCACACGGUGGGAACGUUUGGCUACAAGCAGCUUGCAGACCGUGGCUUCGACGCCGUGGCAUUGCCACUGCUAUCCGGAAACCUCAGCUUGCUCCUUCUGAUGCCUGUCGACGGUUCCAGCCUGGCGGCUGUCCGCAAGAGCCUCGUCAUGCAUCCGGACGUGCUGCUCAACCUCGAGGCCGAGAUGGACCCCACCGUUGUCGAGGUCACACUUCCUCGGUUUAAGGUGACCGCCGUAUGCGGACUUAAGUCGGCACUGACCUCGCUGGGCCACGGCUUCGUGUUCGACCGCUUCCAGACCAACAUGGGGGCAGUCAGCCGGCACGGUCACGCCUACGUGUCCAACAUCCUGAACGCCGUGUCACUCGACGUCGGUCCCAUCACGGCGACGGCGACGGCGACGACGUCCGGAGGCGAACCGGACGCGCCUGUGAACGAAGCUGCCGACGCCUCGACGACGAAUCCCGCGGUCGCCUUUCACGUCAACAGGCCGUUCAUCUACGUGGUGACCGACAAGACAGACGGCUUGCCUCUGGCCAUCGGACAGUUUGUAGAUCCAUCAGGCACAGCCAACGACGCUGCCAGCAAGUUGUGA